UUGAAAAGUUUGAAGCCGCAAAGGAAAUACAAACAGCAAAACUGAACCGACGACAGAUUUGACUGAUUUUCCAUUUUCAAAUCGAUUGGGAAACACUCUACUUUAGAUGUUCAUUGGCGUAUAUUUUAUUUUGAGAGAGAGACCUACUUCCAUUUAUAUUUACAUCUACUUUCGAACACCAAAGGAAAUGAAAUUAUUAUUAAGAAAAACUAUAAAACCAUAUUUGCGCUACGACUACAAUCCUGAUUCUUGAUAGGAGCCCUAGUUCUUGAAUAACAGUGAUUGCUCUGGCCCUCGACGAACCAGCUGCUGCUGUUGCUUAUCAGGAAUGAGACGAGAAGUAGAAGAUGUUGUGGAGUUGAUGCAGCAUAUACAAUCACGGUUGCCGAUAACAGAAGCUGCCCGCACGAGCGUGUUGUCCAAAUCAUGGCUACACGCGUGGCGUACCAUCCCUACCCUCAGGUUUCGUGUGCGCAGCGAACAAAAUGGAAAGAGUAUGAAGUUGGUGGACGUGGACCACACUCUGAUAAGGUAUCUCCAUGACAACAUACCAAUCGAAAGGUUUUGGCUUCUUAUCGACAUUGAGAAUCAGGAGUCAGCUUCUCAUGCUGAAAAAUGGAUUGGUUCUGUGGUGACUACCAAAGCUUCUUGUCUCAAAGAGUUAUCCCUCUCACUCUACCUUUAUGGUGCCCCGUUUACAUUUCCAGAUGAGAUACUCUCGUCGGGUGAAAACCUGACUAAGAUAGAAGUUUUCUCCCCGCUUAGGUGCCAUUCUGUUGUUUGGAUGACAACGACUACUCCUGUGAUCAACUGUGUGUCCCUACGAGAACUUGAAUUGUUUGGUGUGAGUAUAGGUGAAGAGGCACUCAAUCACAUAUUCUCGUCUUGUAGGUUGCUUGAGACGAUUGUGCUUAUAGAUUCUUGCAAGGGGCUCAAAACCAUCAAGGUUAAAAACCUCCCGUGUCUUUAUGAAUUGACAAUAUCCUCAGAAUAUGAUGAUUAUGAUGGAUAUAUUGCUAUGGAAAUCAGUCACGUCCCAAAUCUUGGGGUGUUUAGCUGCGAUUUACAUAUAUCUUUUCCUAUCAACGAUUCAAUAUCAUUAGGAAGCAACGUGACAAAGUGAAGGCUAGGUGGUUAUGGUAUGGUAAGAAGCAGCGUGUGUCUGAACAUGAUCGAAUCAGGAUUUCCUUUUCUCGAGAGUUUGAUACUUGAUGAUAUGACAUCUUGGAAGUCGGAAAGCUUCCAUUUCACAUGUGCUUCCAUCAAGAAAUUGACCCUGAAGGAGUGCCUCUCCAUGCUUACAGACGUACAAGUUCAUGCACCAAAAUUAGAAUUUUUCUGGUUUCAUGGGGUCGCAUUGCCUCCUACUCUCUUGUUUCCGGACUCUACUCUCUUCAAGAAAAUAGUUGUUUCACUCAAACUCGACUCUCUUGUUGAUGCUUAUUUUUUCUUGAAGAUGAGGGAAGCACUCGCGUUAUCACGCAGGUGUGACAUUUAUAUAACAAUUUACAACUAUACUACUACUAUGAUGCCAUUGGACAUCGACAUGGAUGAUCUAAGAAGAAGGCUCCUCAUGUUUCCUCCUGCUACCAACGUGCAAAAACUCGAGUUUGAAGCAAUAGAGGAUGAAUGCCUGUGGGAACGAUCCCCAUUUUUUGAUGCCUUCUUUGAGAUUUGCCAUCCCAAGCAUGUAGUUGCAAAGCCAGACGCAUGCUUAAGACAAAAGAAUCACUUUUGCAGACUCAUGCUGAGGGAGUUCUUGGAGAAGAAGACGACAACCACCACCACCACCACCACCACCCCUUAUUGGCCUCACCACCUCCAACACGUUCAAAUAAGAAGGAAUUCUUAUGAAAAAUGGGAAACCCUGACAGAUUCCCACAGAAGCUUUCUAGACGGGUCGACUCCUGGUGUCUUCAUGCACUUCUAUCUAAACUGGCAUUAAUUACUUAACCAACAUGCAUGUCUGACUGCUUUGUUUUGGUUAUUUCUUUUAUUUUACUUUAGUACAAUAAAUAUUAAAACAAGCAAUGGAUUAGUAACCGUUUUUCUAUCAAAAUCGGAUGUAGUACACGUUUCCUUUAA